CUUAACGAAAGUGGGAGAUUUGAGCUGGUCUCUACUGUUCUUCGUUCGCGUUGUUGCCGCCCUUUUCGUACCACCUAUCUCAUCCGAUUUGUCAGACUGUUGAUCAUCAGUCCUUCCUGUGUGGAGGGUGUAUUAUGUCGUCAUGUGGAACUACAUAAGCAGCGUAUCAGUGGUAUAAUGUACAUUGUACCACUGAUUACUUUGUGGUACGUACCACAAGGUUUGUUUGUCAGUUAAUGAAAACCUGGAAAGACGGUGAAUUUGUAUUAUUGUGCUCAGCUUUUUAUUCUUUGUUUUUUGGCUCAAAAAUACAUUUAAAUCAAAUCUAGGUCAAUUAUCAUUUUUGCCAAUAAGGAAGCAGAUCCAAAUAUCAUUUCACAAUUUUCGGUUGUCAUAUUUGUGAGUCAUAUGGAAUACUACGUAACCUCCCUAACUAAAACGUGUGGCUUUCUUACAAAGACCGCCUGUCGAGUUUCGACUUAGAGGUCCAGUCCAUAAGGCAGUGGAGCAACGUUCGGAAGUAUCGUCUUGUGGCAGCUAAUGGCUAAAAUUAAAUAUACAUGCCAUUUUUCCUUCAUGACCCUAGAGUCCAUGAGCACUAUUGACUAGAAAUCAAGGUAUUCCAACGUCUCCGUACUCUACUAACCCGGUGUAAACGCCCGACAUUCGAUUUUCGUCCCCUUAUUUCUGUAAACAACGCCUCUGCUGCAUGUAAGUAUCGAUUUCGGCUUCUGUGGUAGUGGGCAUAAACACAUGACCAUGUAAGAACAUUUCGAGAUAGAGCGGAUUCUCUUCAUCUUGACGAGACUCUAGUUUAAGGACGACCUUUGAACGAAUCUUAAGUGACCUUGACAAUUAUUAGCCAAUCAGAAGAAAGUUAGUAUAAAGUGAAAAUAUAUUAUAUGAAAGUAAUGAAUUACAAUCGAUAUUCUUCUUUUACAUGAUUUAAAAACUUGUUAAGGUUUGAUUAAGGUUCAGAGGUUCUGAAUUCACAAUUCAUAUGGAAUAGAAACUCGUCUAUUGGGUUAGUGUUAGGUUUACGUGUAAGGUUAGGGUUAGGGUUAGUUGAGAGUUAAGGUUUAGGGUUAGGUGAGGGUUUAGGGUUAAGGUUAGAGUUUAGGGUUAGUUGAGGGUUAGGGUUAGGUGAGGGUUUAAGGUUAGGUUUUGGGUUAGGUGAGGGUUUAGGGUUAAGGUUUAGGGUUAGGUGAGGGUUUAGGGUUAAGGUUAGAGUUUAGGGUUAGUUGAGGGUUUAGGGUUAAGGUUAGAGUUUAGGGUUAGUUGAGGGUUAAGGUUUAGGGUUAGGGUUAGGUGAGGGUUUAGAGUUAGGUGAGGGUUUAGGGUUAGGGUUAGGUGAGGGUUAGGGUUAGUUGAGGGUUAUUUUUAGGGUUAGGUGAGGGUUUAGGGUUAGAGUUAGGCGAGGGUUAGGGUUAGGUGAGGGUUAAGGUUAGGGUUAGGAUGCUAACAUACGAGUUUUUAAAUCAUGUUAAAGAAGAAUAUCCACUGUAAUUUAUUACUUUCUUUUAAUAUAUUUUUACUUUAUGCUGUCUUCUGAUUGACUAAUAAUUGAAAUCGCUCAAACGCUUCUGAUUGGCUCGUCCCUAAAUUAGAGUCUCGCCGUCCUAUCUGUUGUAACCUCUCAUUAAUCACCUACUCUCUAAAAUCCGCUGUGAACCGAUCGUAUGUUAGGAGCGCGUGUUGAACUUGGCUCCGUGACCUUAAAAUUGCUCAAACGCUUCUGAUUGGCUCGUCCCUAAAUUAGAGUCUCGCCCUUAACUCGUUUUGGUUUUGGGGGUGGGAUCUUACUUAAUGUCAAGCCAACGCACAACAAAUAUUCCGCUAACUUACUCAUCAGUUCUAGGAGAAUGACUGUUCAUCAAGAGUAGCGGUAAAAUUAGUGUAAAACCUCAAGCUCUCCAUAUUCCUUAUUGCUUAAUUUUCUUAACUUCCGAUUUGUCCACUACCAACUGAUGUUCUACUACCAUGUUUUCUAUUUUAGCCUUCCAUCCCCAUCGAGUGGAGUAUCUCUGAUCUUACACCUCAGCGUCUUUGAGGUUGAUGUCAAUCCUCUCGAAAACUAGGUUUCAUAUUUGUACCGCGACCUUUUAAGUAACACAAGAAAUACUUAGAUCGAAGUCGUCGAUUAAUUGUCUUUUGAAAAUGGCCAAGAAGAAAUCACUUGUUAUAACUGACCCAUCUGCAAAUCAAGGUUAUAUUGACGGAAAAUUUGAUAAAGAACCUUCAGACUUUUGUAAUAUUUGUCUUCUCAUAUUCCUCUACAUUUUGCAAGGCAUUCCUCUUGGACUGUCGUCUGCAGUCCCUUACUUAUUACAAUCAGAUCCAAAAUCGGCUAAUUACCAAUCACAAGCAGCUUUCUCGUUUGCAUUUUGGCCAUUUUCACUUAAAUUAGCUUGGGCUCCAAUAGUAGACUCGUUGUACAGUUCACGUAUAGGAAGACGAAAGACUUGGCUUAUUCCCGUUCAAUAUGCUCUUGGAAUUAACCUACUUAUUAUCGCGCUCUAUGUUAACCAGUGGUUGGGGCGUACACCUGAUAACCCAUGGGGCCCAUUAGGUGUAGUGCAUCCAGUGGAUAUCUCACGCUUGACUGUAGCUUUCUUUGGACUUACUUUUCUUGCAGCUACACAAGAUAUUGUAGUAGAUGGAUGGGCACUUACAAUGUUGUCUAGGAAAAACUUAGGAUGGGCUUCCACAUGUAAUACAGUUGGUCAAACAUUGGGUCAUUUAAUUGCGUUUGUCGUCCUCAUGUGUUUAGAAUCACCAGAUAUUUCUAAUAAGUAUAUACGAUUGACUCCUGUUGAAGGUGAAGGGCUGAUUACUUUUUCAGGUUUUCUUUAUUUUUGGGGUAUUGUAUUCCUGGUGGCAACCACACUUGUUGGAGUUUUUAAGAAGGAAGUACCUCAUAAUCUGUCCGUUAUAUCAUCUGCUCAUUCUAAUCAACUUGAUAAUCAUUCAAAUGGUUCGGUAGCCUAUUUAAAUCAAACAGGAAAUAUCGAAGGACAGUUAUCGUCUAGAAAUCGUAUCGCACAAACAAAUACAAUUGAUAAACAAAUUAGUUGUGAAUCCACUCGAAGUCGUUCACGUACUCCCAGUGGUUGGAGUCGUAUUAUUGAAAUUCCUCCCGAUGAAGAACUGAAUGUAACUGAGUCAAACAAAGAGUUGUCAUUAUUUGAUACCUAUCGUUUUAUGUUAGGUAUUUGUAAAUUGAAGCCUAUUUUACAAUACAUAUUGUUAUUAUUCAUUGCCAAGGUUUGCUUCUGUCCUGCAGAUGCGAUAUCUGGACUAAAGCUAAUCGAACAAGGUCUACCAAGAGAGCAACUUGUUUUCAUUGGGGUCCUACUUUUACCGCUUGAAGUGAUUCUACCACUGCUUAUUACUCAAGUGACAAAUGGACCGAAAUUAUUAAAAUAUUAUACAUGGGCUUUUUUACCUCGUUUACUUCUAGCAACAUUAUCUGUUCCAUUGAUUUAUUUUGCACCGUACUUUAAAAUUUCAAAUCAAGUCCAUUCAAUCAUUCGUAAUAAUCAUACAUUAGAAGAGUCAGCUCCCAUCCUUGAAUCAACUACAACUCAUACAUCAUUCUCAUGGCUUUUCUACGGUAUCAUGAUUUGUCAUUUGGCUAUUUAUUCAGUAUUCUCUACUGUGAUGUUUAUUACUCAAGUAUCAUUUCAUGCAAAAAUAAGUGAUCCAGCUGUAGGUGGAACUUAUAUGACGUUGUUAAAUACUGCGGCUAACUUAGCUACAAGUUUGCCGAAUACUCUCUUUUUAUCACUCGUCGAACCACUUACUCUACGAAAAUGCUCUGGAGCUGAUUUACUAAAAGCUGGGUUAUUAUCUUUACGAACUAAUUCUAUUCAAUCUGUUAAUACAAUGAAUAUAACUCAUCAUAUACAAUAUUCAAAAGAUGAGAUUUAUAGAAAUGGACAGUUAUGGUUGGCUAAUAAUGCUACCUGUGAGAAUUCUAAAACUAUUCAGGCUUGUCUUGAUAUCGGUGGAACAUGUUCAAAAUUGCUGGACGGUUUCUACGUUGAAGUUGGAUUAUGUUUGCUUUUCGGAUUGGUUACAUUCCCAACAAUAGUACUUCCUUAUGCUAAUCAUCUUGACACUCAACCUAAUGAGGCGUUUACUUUUCGUCCUUCAUCAUCACUAGCCAGACAUCAAAGUAGAAGUGAUAAUAAUGAGACAAAAAAAACUAGAAAGGAUUGAAAAAAGGCUUCGGAACUAAAGUAUAAUUUGUUUACCGUUUUGUGAAUAUAAUUCCCAUGUUGCACUGUCUUCUUGUUUGUUAUUUUGCCCAUUCUUGUUAUAUACAUUUAUGUGGAUGCUAUUUUACUUUUCACUUUCUAUGUGAAUGUUUUUCCACGAAAUAUUCAUCGCUGUGAAUUCGCUUCUCUCUGAGAUGUAGAUUUAUAACUCAUAUACACACGCACGCAUACUCACAUGUAUGUCCUAUCCUGCCCUUUCUACAUAAUGACACUGACGACGAUACUGGUAGUGUGAGAUUUAAUUAGGCAUAAAAUGUUGAAGUUCAUUAUUACAUCUUAAUUAUUUUGUGUUAUGUGUAUACAGAAAUGUAAUUUUAAAUUUCACGUUGUAGAUUGUUAUUUAUUUCAUAAUAUUCUAUUAUUUUUGUUAUUUACAUGUGUAAAUUCUUUAUACGUGGGCGUUGAUAACCGAAUGG